UCAAAGCAUUCGCAGACGAUUAAAGCCAACAACUGUCGACUUUGAAUCUCGCAUUCCUUCUCUCACAAAAUUUCAGAGCCAUUGCAGCUCUCUCAUCUCUCUUUGAUAAAAUCGAUGGCAGCGUCUCAGGCAAGCCUCCUCCUUCAAAAACAACUUAAAGAUCUUUGCAAGAACCCCGUUACUGGGUUCUCGGCUGGCUUGGUGGAUGAGACUAAUAUAUUUGAAUGGAGUGUUACGAUUAUUGGACCACCAGAUACUCUUUAUGAGGGGGGAUUUUUCAAUGCCAUUAUGAGCUUUCCAUCAAAUUAUCCUAAUAGCCCGCCUACAAUGAAGUUUACCACAGAGAUUUGGCAUCCUAAUGUUUAUCCUGAUGGACGUGUUUGCAUAUCAAUUCUUCAUCCUCCGGGUGAUGACCCUAAUGGCUAUGAGCUUGCAAGUGAGCGCUGGAUGCCCGUCCAUACUGUUGAAAGUAUUGUUUUGAGUAUCAUAUCAAUGCUUUCCAGUCCUAAUGAUGAAUCUCCUGCAAAUGUUGAAGCUGCUAAGGAAUGGAGAGAGAGGAGGGAUGAUUUCAAGAAAAAGGUUAGCCGCUGUGUGAGAAAAUCCCAAGAAAUGUUAUAGACUGCAGGCACUCUUUCUCUACCCACUUUGUGUGGUGCCGGACAUAGUUGAUUUAUUGUGUGGGGAGGCUGGUUCAACUGGAUUUAUAUAUGCUGGGUGGUCACUAUAAUGGCGACGUUUGAAGUUCUCACGCAAAUCUCUUUUCACAUUUUUCUGAGUAUGGCAAAUGCAUUUUGGUUUAUAGAUUUGAUGGCAAAAGGUUGUUCUUGUUUGCUCAUUCAUUUGAUGUCCUUGGAUUUGGUUCGUCAGGUAUGGACUCCUUGUCUUUAGUUUUGGGAGUAAGUUUGGUGAUUGCCCCUUAAACACAUACCCGGCCACGGUUGAAUAUCGUCCAUGGCCUAUUGCCGAAAAAUCGUUGUUGAAGGUUUCUGUUUUAGUUGUAUAAGUACGGAAGAUUGUACUGCAAACGCUUCACUUCAUCAUUACAGUAAUACUAGCUUUCUAGCUACAAGGAUUUGUUAA